CAAUCUGCCAUACACAACAAUCAUACUUCUUCCAGAUGAAAAGGCCCAGAAUAAUUCGAGUAUGGAUUAGUUGUAACGGCUUUGCACAUUGCCAUCUAAAAAAAAACAAUCUUGCAAUCAUACACAUGCGUCGAGCUGUGUAGUAGUAUUGAGGUGUCCCGGGUCCUGUGCCCCGGCCAUGGCGUUUAAUUUGUCGGAGGCACAAAAAAAAACUAGUCCUUGCUUUGCAUUCCUCGAUGGCUGUACCAGCUCAAAGCGCAUUUGCAACUAUACAUAUAUGCACGCCUAGCUCCGUGAUUCCUCUCGGGCAAUUUCGUCUUCUUUCUCGCCGUCCUUCCCGGUGGUUGCUUUGCGGCGUUUUCUUGGGAGCGAAAGCAAGCAAUGGGAGCGUGCGCGACGAAGCCCGGCGAGCUCAAGGCGAAGGGUGGCGAGGCGCCGGCGCCGCUGGUCGUCGACGAAGCCAGCGUGGCGCCGUCGCCGCCGGCCGCUGUGAAGGAGGAGGAGGAUGUGAAGAAGGUCCAGGAAGCUCCGGCGGCGGCCGUCGUGGAGACCGAGCCGGCUGACGCCGUUCGCCGGAGGUCUCUCAGCGACCUGCUCAAGGAGGAUGCAGAGCGCGAUGGACCAGAGGCGGCUGCGUCUGCCGACGCAGACAAGAACGUGCACCAAGAGUCGCCGCCUGCUGCUGCUGCGGCUGCUGAUGAUGAUGGCGGUGAAGCUGGAGCAGCAGAGGAGCAUGCCACGGAUGAAGCCGCUCCGCCCGCGGAUGAGGAGACCUCGCCUGCUGCGGCUUCCGAGCAACCCGCAACCGGAGAAGAAGAAGAGACGGCGGCGGUAGCAGCAGCAGCAGAAGAGAAACCAGACGCUGGUCAGGAGGAAGGCGGCGGCGGAAACGUGGAAGCUUCUGCUGAGGCUGGAGCAGGGUCUGCAGAGGAGGAGCAACCCGCGGCGGUCGAGCCAGCGCCGACGUCCGAGCAACGCACAACCGGAGAAGAAGAAGAAGAAGAAGAAGAAGAAGAAGAAAAAGAAACUGAAACACGCCAAGAAGAGGAAGAGGAAGAGGAAGUAGAAGCAGCGGCGAAGCCAAGCGCUGGAGAAGAAACCGGCGGCGACGCGCAGGCGCAGGCAGCCGAAGAGGAGAAGCGCGUGGAUCCUGGCUCACUUCAGGUUGCCGCGGCACCAUCAGCCGGCGAGGAGGAGAGCAUGGCCGCCGCCGAUGCUUCAGCUCCGGCGGCUGAAACCUGACCUGCGCCCGCUCUGCGUCUGUGAAAGCAUAUUUGUUUGUUUGUUUGAUUUUUGUUUCCUUGCCGUGUUGUUUUUCUGAGAGAGAUAUCUGAAUUCAGUACAUUUUCGAUGGUCUGAGAUUGAAAUACCAUCAACUUUUUGCUUAAAAUACAU